AUGAGAGGAUUGCAUGUGUCAGGGAUCAUUUCGAUUAUGUGGAUUAUCAUAGCACAUGCCAGUGCAGUUCAUGAAUUCAACAGAGAUGAUGAAAGCACGGUUGAAAUAGUCUUGUUGAAUGAUGAAUCAAUUAACACACAGCAAAGACACUCACAAGCAAAUACGAUUCGCAAUCCAAAGAAAAACACAGACAAAGCAUCCAAAGACAAAGCAUUGAGAGAUCUUCUAACAAUCCUUCUUGGACGCAUCCUUACAGAAAAAGCAAGUGUGACAGGAAGCAAGUCAGCUGAUGAACCGCAUCUCAACUCUAUACAAACCAAUAAAGAUACACAAAUCAUUGCAAAUAACAAAGAUAUCACACAACAUGAUAAAGAAGUAUCAUCAAAUGACGCUAAGACAAGAAUAGAGAUGCUUAAGAGCAUCGAGCACAUUCCCAUGAACUACAAUUUACUCUGUACAUUUUUUCAGAAUAUCGGCUUCAUCCGAGACAAGCUCAAGAAUAAACCUGGAAUAGGAGUUGUUCGUAAUGUCAUUGUAUAUGACAAUGGUAAUCAACUGAUCGAUUACUGGAGUAGAUUAGUAUUCAAAGAGCAGGCAGGCAGGCUUAUUGAUGAAACUGGGUAUUUUGAGGGAAUCAAAGUUAGUAAGUUUGAAGAUGUACUAAAGGAUGGUAAGAUGACAGUGUCUGGACUGAUUCAAAAACGUGAUAUUUCUAGUAUGGAAGCUUUAGAUACACUCAAUACUAUAAAGCUGCUGCUUAAUGAGGUUGCAAAUGAAAAAAAGAUUCCACUUCACAACCUGAUCAAUGAAAGCUGCACAUUAUCAACAGUAGAAGAAGUGGUGUUCUAUGCAAUGCAUCCUUCAAUAAAUAAUGAAGAAAGUGCAUAUGUGUGCAUAUGUUCAGACUCAUUCUGUAAAGAGCCAUGCAAAGAAGUCAUUCUAAUGAAGAAAAAGGACAUAGUAAACAGAAAUGGCUAG